ACUUGACCUCCUAUAAAGUGUCAAAGCGCAUCGUGAAUAUCAACGGUGAGUGGUAGAGGAAGCUUCUCCGCUCCAAACAUUGACAACAUCACACCAUCAUCGUCUUUCGUCUCAUACACAUCCAGAUAUCAUUGCAAUACAACACCUCAACCUCAACAAUCACAAUGGACCACUGCGACGUCCUGAUAGUCGGAGCUGGCCCGGUAGGGACUACUCUAGCCCUCGAACUGGCUCUGCAAGGCGUCACAUUCCGCAUCGUCGACAAAAGCCCAGACAGAUCAGAGAAAAGCAGAGCCUUGAUCGUCCACCCUCGUACUCUGGAGCUGCUAGAUCGCCAUGGAACUGUUGACAAGCUCAUCUCUAGAGGUACUAUCACCCGUGGCGGGGUGUUAAACAUCAAACAAAAACUGGUAGCCAGAAUGAAUCUGGAUGAUCUUGACAUCACGGACACGAAAUAUCCUUUGCCUCUGAUGGUCUCUCAAGCCGAAACCGAGCAGUUCCUGGAUGAGUCUCUAGCCGACUAUGGCAAGGCGGUUGAGCGGGCUUAUACUGCUACGAGCGUCGUCCAGGACGCCAACGGAGUCACCACAACUCUAGAAAAGCCAGACGGCACUCAGAUAACGGUUCGAUCCAAGUACGUCGUCGGUUGUGACGGCGCGCACAGCUUGGUCCGACAUUCAGCAAAGAACCUCACCUUUGACGGGGACGCCUACCCACAAGACUUUAUCCUCUGCGACGCCCGCCUACGCAACUCCAACGUUGCGCGGGACCGCUUCACCAUUAAUUUCGGCGACACCGGCCUACUGGCAUUCUUUCCCAUUCAAUCAUCCCACAGCGAGAGCGAGGGCGAGGAAGGUCUCAUCCGCCUCAUCGCAUCAGGCGGCCGCUCCGUCCUUAAGCACUUACCACGAUCAGGAUCAGGAUCUCCUGUGGUCCCUGCUGAACAACAACAGCAACAACAACAACAACAACAACAGCGGCAGCACGGCGAACAAACUCACGAACCCCCCACCCUCGCGCACUUCCAAUCCCUCGUGGACACCAUCGCCCCUCCCGGCUCCGGCACCGUGCACUCCCCCACCUGGCUCGCCCGCUUCCGCUUACACCACCGGGGCGUCAACUCGUACCGGUCCGACCGACUCUUCGUGGCCGGCGACGCCGCGCACAUCCACAGUCCUGCCGGCGGACAAGGGAUGAACGUGGGGAUCCAGGAUGCCAUCAAUCUGGGCUGGAAGCUGGGGACGGUGCUCAAGUACCGGGACACACUGACGGAGGAGGCAAGGGAGGCGUUGCUGGAUAGCUACCAUGCCGAGCGAUACCCUGUGGGGAGGGCGCUGCUGCAGGGGACGGAUAGGAUCUUUAGCUUCACGGCAGCGGCGACUUCGUGGGUAUUGAAGGUGAGGAAUACGGUGCUGCCGUGGGUGAUGCCGUGGUUGGUUGGGAUGAAGUGGAUUAGGAAGAGGUUUUAUGGGUUUAUUUCGGGGUUUGGGACGACGUAUUCGGGUUUGGCAAGUGCGGGGGAGAGUUGUGUGGUCGGUGGUGCCAAUGGGGUGAAUACAUCUUGGUCGUCAUGGUUAUGGUCAUCCUCAUCACCAUCACCAUCAUCGCUGCCGGAGAAGGUGAGCAGCGGUGAUCGAUUGCCGGAUGGAAAGGUAAUCGAGCUAGGGCGAUCUCAUGGCGGGAUAACGGCUUCUGACGUGUUGGCGAAGAGGAAAGAAACGAGCUUGCAUCAACUUUGUCGAGGCGCGUCUUGGCAUUUGCUGUUGUUCUCCGGAAUAGGUGGAACAGAAGGUCGCGAUGCGGUGACGGUCGAGGGAUUGACACUGGCCGGCGAGAGGGUAUUGGCGGUGGUCAAAAAGGAGGAUCGUGGUAGUAGCGCGGGGCAGGGGCAACAACGCCCGGGCGAUGGUCAGCUGCAGCCGGUGCAGACAGUGGCAGCUACAGGGAAGAGCGCCGUUACUUCCACAUAUGCGGACCCGGGUGGUCGGGUCCAUGGUGUGCUUGGAUUGGACAAUGGGAGUGCGGGAUAUGUGAUGGUGAGACCUGACGGCUAUGUUUCUCACAUUGGAUAUCUGUCGUCACUGCAGGAAUUUGUCAAGGAGUGGGAGACGAGAGUUUGUGUUUGAAGGAGUCGUUUUGUGGCUUGUUUUCAUAUUUCUUCUUCUUUGCUUUUUCUGUGUAUUAGUCCUCUUUUGCCAUUCUCGAUACUCUCAGCUCCCACUCCCCAACCCCUCCGCUCAACCUACCCCAAUUUCUAUACCGCCGGCAUUACAAAGAAGAAAAAAGAGAGGACGUCCAAGUUUAGUGUUUGCGAGUAUCCCCCUGAUUAUCUUUUUUU